CACUUCCAUUUCGUCCUCUCUCUCUCUCUCUCUCUCUCUCUCUCAGACACACACACAGAGUACACGAGCAGCCAUUGCUUGCUAACCAAAUGGAGUCGUCUUCCUUUGUCUCCAAAGCUAAAACGGCCUUCCAUUCUGCGGCAGCGAAGGCGGAGAAAGUUCUGACGGACAUCAAAGCAGACUUUAAGAGCGAGAGAGAAACCGGAGAGCAAUCUCAGAAAACUUCCAAGAAGCUCUCUGAGCACGAGCAGCGAUUUAUAAAGACCGAAGGAGAGAAUCAUAAUGAACUCAAGCGUUCAAAGUGGAUACCUGCACACCAAGGGAAAAAGCAUAAUUGGUACGAUUGGCAAGAGCAGUUGAAGAACAUGACAAAACGAAAAACAGAAGGAGAUAAGAAGAAAUUUGAAAACUUGAAUUCCGCUUUUCCAGCUGUUGACGGACAGCUAUUGAAUUCUGAAAUGAAAGGUUUAGAAAGUGGGAAUAUAAAUAUAAAUGCUCCCUGCAUGGCUAAAAUUCCUCCAGCAUCCAUCCUUAAGCAAUUGGCAGUGGCUGUUGAGUAUGGAAAAAACUAUAAAUCAGUGAAAGAUCUUGCGUUGUCUAGAGAUUCUUCACCUGAAAGAGAGAGGGCAAGCUUGAGUUUUUCUGCAGUGAAGUCAUUGAUGCUUCGUGAAAAGGACGAAAAAUCAAAUUUUGAAUGUGGCAAUGAUGAUGAAACAUUCUUAUUAAUCCAAUCAUUAUUUGAUGCAGAGGAUUAUUUCUGCAGAUGGAAGAAUGCCUCUGGGUCAGCAACACCAACAGUGGCAUCUUUGCCAAGAUAUUUUCAUACUGCCCCUUCAGAAACCUUUGUUACUAGGCUAUCUGAAGUCAUGGGGAGAUUCAAUACCCUUCAAAAAAUGGUGUCCUUUUGGUGCAGAGUGGUUGAUGAACUGAGAAGAAGGUGGACUGAAGGACAGCCUGUACCUGGCAUGCCUCUAGAUGAGAGCCCAGAUCUAAAUUCAUGUCUUCUGCAUCAACAAUUACAAGUUAUUAACUGUUGUCUUUCCAGGAAGCAUCACCGCAUUAUUGCCACUCGAUCACUGGAUUCUGUAACAAGAGUAGCCAGUCCAAAUUCCGAAGAAUCAUUUGUUUCUCAUGACAUGGUUUCUUCAAGUCCUAUCAUGUAUGCAAGGAUUAACUCUGGCAAUCUUGUUCUCCGUCUAGGAGCUGAUCAUUGUUCUAAAAAGAAUUUAACUCUUCUGGAAACUGGUGAAUCUAUAUUCUCUCCUGUUACUCAGGAGGGUCCUGUUCUAACUGAAGAACUAAUAAGAGAAACAGAGGAGUUUGUGAUGCAAACAGGGAGUCUUGGUGCUGGGUGUUCUCAACUCCUAUCUGACAUGCAGGCAUUCAAGGCUGCAAAUCCUGGAUGCAUAUUAGAAGACUUUGUAAGGUGGUACUCUCCAGCAGAUUGGAUAGAAACUGAACGAAGUAAUGAGACCAAAGACUCUUUUGAUGGUGGAGAUCCAUCAUCUAAAAGAGGCCAACUAAGUAGUCGGAUGCAAAAAGAAGGUAAUUUAUGGCGUGAACUUUGGAAAAAUGCUAAGCCAUUACCUGCUGCUAAACAGACACCACUAUUUGAUGAGGAUUUGGCAGUGGAAGGCAUCCUGAAUACUUUGGAGGACAUCCAACCUGCUGACCUUUUUAAACAACUAUUUGCUUCAUUACUUGGUUCAGGCUUUAUUAUUGCUGAAACUACACUUGCUAAAAACAGUAACUUAUCCAAGGUGUUUUAUGAGUGCAAGGACUACACGAUUGCCAUGUUCCAGGGAGAUACUUGGACUGACAAUAUUGAUGAUCUCUGCCAGGUGUAUGAAACAGUGGAGACAAUGUUGAUUCAUCCAGAGGAUAGCCAUAGGAUCAUGUCUGAAGAACCAAUAGCUACAGGUGAACCAAGGCGUCUAUUCAAGAAAUUUAAUCUCAACUUUGGUAGCAAAGAUAGGAGAGAAAAAAGCUCAAAGGAUUGGAAGAAGUCAGAAGAGAAUCCCACUUUCCAAAUGUUCUCUGACCUGUUCGAUGGGAAGUCAUCUCUUUUUACAAAGAAGCCUCCCAGGCCCAGCAGCACAUCCCAAGCUGAUGUACCCCCCAUAUGUAGAUGAAAAUGCUCAAAUUGUAGUUUAAAUGUUUGCUUGCUAUAUAUAUUUCAUAUGCAUUUACUUGUGCACCCUGCCCUACCCCCGAUUCCCCUGUAACGUGUAGUGUGUAAUACCAAAAAUGAAAGAAAUAUGUAAAUAACUUAGUGUUUUGAACUUCCACAAGUAUUUCUUUUUUGAUUUUAUUUACCCCUCUCUGAAGUGAAGAUUGUAGUGCGUUUGGGACGUUGAACUGGUUUCAAAUGGAUUGAACGAAUAAAGCUGUUCUGUUGUAUA